CUAUUUACGAAAGAAACAAAUUUCAAAAGAUGAUGAGAUUGUUGAAGAACAUGAAAAGACUAAUAAAGAAUAUGAAAAAGCUAACAAGAUUCCAAAUCCACCUAGUUAUUUAACUAUUAAAAUUGCAUUGCGGUUAAAAAAAAUAUAUAUUAAAGAUGAUAAUUUUGCUAUUACAAAGUUUAUACAAAAAGAUCCUCAAAAGAAUUUUUAUAUAAAUAAUCAAUAUGAAGAAUUUCGAGUAGGUGCAUCAGUAUUUGCUGAAGAACAAUUAGUGAAGUUCAAUCAAAUUAUUCAAUCUUUUUUAAACCAUCAACAAAGUAAUUUUGAAGCCAAAGAUAUUUUAACAGAAAUUCGAAAUAAUAUUGAGUGUGAAAAUCCUAUUCAGCAUAAUUUACUUAAAAAUACAACACAAUAUACUAAUGAAGAGUUUAAAAAUCUUUUUAAUUAUUAUGAGAUAGGAAAAAGUCGUCUAUAUUCAAUAUACAAACAGGAUGUGCUGAAGUUAGAAGAACAUAUAAUAAAAGGUCGUCGAGCUAGCAAUGUUGUUAUAGAACAUGCUAGCAAAUAUAAACAAGAAUUAGACUGUCCAAUAAAAAGAAAAAGAUAUACAGAAGUAAAUACAGUUAGAUUAUUGCAAAAUUUCAAUACAAUUACUUCGUCAAAUACAGCUACUUCAUCAAUGCAACUAUAUGAAGAACAAUAUUAUUUACAAUAA